AUGGUCGCUGAUAUUGAGGAGCAGACGCAGAGAAGUGGCUGGCUGUUUGGACGGGGCGCAUUCGACAAAGGCGACUUGCAGUACCUACGGGAUUUUAACAACUCCCUGCGGUACAAGGAAGUGGAGAUAGAGGACAAGGAGAAGGAGCUGUGGGAGCGAGAACGCGCCCGGGUCGAAGCAGAGGCGGCGGCAGCGGCAGCACAGCAGGCAGCGGCGCUGACACGACGGAGCAGCGGCGGCAGCGCGGCAGCGAGUUUGCGGGGCCCGCCAGGUGUCUCGACCCGGCCUGCGCCCCUGCUGCUGCCGGUCAAGGUCAAGCCGGUGGGGUCGAAGCAGCAACAGACGCCCCGGUCCGCAGCCGCCUCCCCCUCCGCUGCGGGUGAGAUUCCCAGCAGCAAGCGCGCACGCACGGACGCCUCCAGCGGCGCCGCCGCCCUCGCCUCUCCGCUCACGACUACCGCGGCUCUGUCAACCACCGCCGCCACCGCCACCGCUUCUACGCCAGCGGGCACACUCCGCUUUGCCAAAUCGGAGCCGCCCCCAGUGAAGCCAUCCGCGAACAUCUCGACAACGGCGGGGCCGAGUGGUGCAGCACAGCCAGCUGCAGCCACUGCUGUGUCCCAAACCCCUGGAAGCCACGGUGGUGAUCAAGGACGGUCGCUAAGCGCACCACGUGCGUGGUCAGCACAGGAUGCGCCGGGUAGCCGCGGCAGCGGGGAUGGCGGCGCCGGUACUGCAGCCGGUCUGACAACUCUACUUGGCGGUUAUGGCAGCGACGAUGAUGAUGACGACGGCGACGAUGAUGGUGGUGAUAAGAAUGGUGGUAAGGACGGAAAGGAGCACGAUGGCGGACGUGGGUCCGGAUCAGGAGGCAGCUGCAUGAGCUACCGGCCUGGCCGUAGCGGAGGUGAAGGGGAUGAUGGGAGGAGCCCGGCUGGCGUCUCGGGAGUCCCAGCCGAAGGUAAUGGUGGUAAGCGCGGCGAGGACGGUGCUGCGGAGGCGAGUCUGGGCGGCAGUGCCAAAGAGGCCGUGGUGGGUACCACUGCCGUUGCUGCGGAGGAAAGGGAAGGCGGAUGCAGGGACAGGGGAGGCAGCGGUGGUUUCAAGUUGCUUCCGCCACCUGUUGGGCUGCUCAGUCCAGAGGAGCUGUUGGGCGACCCACGGGUCAUAGCGGAGGGCCUCCUGGCUACGCGGCGCCAACCGCAGAACGUGGAGGGCGGCGACGCCUGGGACAGCGAAGAGGCGUCGGAGUUGGAGUCCUCGGAUGUCGAGGCCUAG